CGAGGCUGUGGCUGAGCAGGAAAGGAAUGCGUGUGGGAAGCAGAAACAGCGAGGCGCAAGCAGCGGGCAUGUAGCGACAGAUCCCGCCAGCAGAGAGCCGCGGGUAGCCGGGCCGGAGCUCACGCGGCAGAGGGCGGGCUCUCGCGUUCUCCCGGGAAGCCGGAGGAAGAGGAAAACGCGGCUUCGCCUGGCGGACCACGCGGCCGUUUCCACGGGCAGCGCCUCCCCGUCGGCCGCCGGAGCGUCGGUCGCUGCCCCCAUGGCCGCGUCGGAGAAGGUCCUGCGGGAGGGGGUGCUGGAGAAGCGCAGCGGCGGGCUGCUGCAGCUCUGGAAGAAAAAGCGCUGUCUGCUCAGCGAGAAGGGGCUGCGGCUUUUCGAGGCCAGCAGCCGGGGCUCGACGCGCUGCAAGGAGCUCGCCUUCGCGCACGUCAAAGCCGUCGAGUGCGUGGAGUGGAAGCAACGGCACAUCUACUUCACGGUGGUGACGGACGGCGGCGCCGAGAUCGACUUUCGCUGCCCUCAGGAAGAUCCCAGCUGGAACGCCGACAUCACUCUGGCGCUGGUGCGCUUCCAGAACCAGCAAGCGGUGCAGAUCGUGCGCGCCAGGCACAGCUGCAGGGCGGCAUUUCAACAAGAGGCAACCCCAACCAGCCAGAUUCUGGUGAAUGGGUCAAAGAAAUCUGACUCUCAGCUCAACAUGGAGAGGGUAGAGGAAUUCAUAGCUGUGAAGUCACCUGCUGGUGGACAAACGGCCAUUUCUAGCUGCAACUGAAUGAAGACCUGUACUUUCUCUGGUGCAGCAUCUCUGCUGCAGAAUGAGGUGAUGCCCAGUGAAGCCAGCCAAAUAUGGAUCACAACAAUGGUUAGAAACAGCUUCUGUUUUUCUGCUCUGUUUUUGCUGUGUUACUGAAGAACUUGGUCUCUCGAUAAGGCAUUGACAAAGUUUCCUAUUGGACUGACAGUUUGCUUUCAACUGUCAAUAGCCUUAUCUACAGUGAUGGACAUCUACUGUGAUUCAGGAGACAGUUACAGCAAGUAUGACAAAACGGAAUCAUUCCAUCACUCAGUGUGCCACCAGCCUGGUGCUGGGUGAGCAGUGCUGGAAUAAAAUGAACCCUGAGGGUGAAGAACACACUUGUUAUUGAAUCUGGGCAUGUCAGACAUGCUAUGGCAGUUUCACGACUGAAAGAGCAGGGAACAUCUGUCUCAGUUAAUCAAGUGGCUGAUCUGUAAGGAACAAUUGCGAGCCUGCCACUCUGAUCUGAGAAGUCACACAUUAUCAGAAAGAUGAUGCUGGAGUAGAUGCAGAAAAUAAAAAAAAUAAGCACCUUAAGAGGCAACCCAGUGGGAUUUGGGGCUCCUGAAACUUCUGUAAAUGAGUUGGUUCUGUGUCCCUCUGCUUUCUGCCACAAGAUUAGCACUCACUGAGCCAGUGUCCUGACAAUCCGUAAUUUCAGCUCAGUGAAUCAUAUCAGUGUCCAAUAUUGUAUAACAUUGCUCAGUCUACAUCCUUAACCUUAGAAUUCUUAGAUACCAUUCAUAAUAUCUCAGGGUGCAAGCAUCAAGAUAAGAACAUCCAAAUUCACAUGCAAGACUGAGGGAUUGUUUAUUUCAGUUUUCUGAAGACUGAAGGACGUCACCAUCUUUUUCUUCCACUGUCCCAAAACCUAUUUACUUACUUUGGGGCAUGGGAAGAAAGCAGGAAAUAGAAAGGUAAGCACUCCCGUUGCUUUCUGAAACAUAUUUAUGCAUCCAGAAUGGAACUGGGACUGUCCCAUCCCUUCUUGCCAGAAUCCCUGGUAAGAAGAUGGAGAAUGGAAGCAUACUCAUCAUUUAUUAAAGGCCACUUUACCCUUAUUCAAGAGUUAUGCCUAACAAGUAAGCAGCAUGAUCCUCAUCCUCAUUUUUUUUCAUAUUUGGGGAAACUACCUAUUCUCAUGGAGGAGUCUACUAAUGUAAGUGAAUGCUUGCUCCCCUUCAGUUUUUCCUAAUCAACUUCAGAAAGCACAAGGGGGAGGAUACUGGAAUAGGGCCACUAUACAUAAGACCCUGCCCCUGCUUGUCUUGAUCUCUUCUGUUCAGACCAAAUACUCAAACAGGGCUUAUGCAUAAUAGAAUUGGAAGGGACCUGAUGCAGGAAAGCCAUUAGUAUAAUUAUUAAUAACAUUUCAAGAAAAUCAACAAUGCACACACUUGCCUUAAUUUUGAAAAAUGCUUUUUAUCAUUCUUUUCUAGCUACUGUAAGCUCAUUACUUUGUAGUUGCAGAUUUGUGUUUGAUAACUUAGGAGCAUUGCUAUAAAAAUUGACUAUGACCUUAGCUACAUGAAAUCCAAAGGAAGAUUAUGGGAAAUCUGCCAGUGGUGGAAAGUUUGGCCAUUAAUAAAAAUGUGAGGACAUUCCCUACAUUUAGUUUGGCUGUGUGUUGGUCAAAAUGACAUACAACUUCACAGUCUAAAAAGGAACACAAUGAGGUUGAGGUAUAACUCACCAGUAUGUUGAAAUAAUGAGGUCUUUACAACAUUUUCUAGUACCUAGUAUCUUAAAAUAAAAGCAG